CCGCGCUGCCGGGCGCCGGCAGGGUCAUGUCGCGUCGUCUGCGGCAGGCUGUCGGUGCCGUGACCCGGCGCGCUGGGCGGCCGCUGGCCCUCGCGCUAGUGGUGGGCUGUGUGGUAUUUGUCGUUCAGCGGCGCGGAGGUGAACCGGGUCAGGUGCAUCAGUUCAGGUGUUCGUCGCUCCCGCACCCGCUGUCGCUGCAGCCGGUGGCCGAGCGCUGGUACAGGCCCGGCCGUCACACGGUGGCCGGCGCGCGCCGGUGUCUGCGCAGACAGGGCGUCUCCCGCGUGCUGUUCAUCGGCCACUCGCGGCUCAGGCAGGUGUUCGAGCGCAUGUCGGCGCACCUGAGGUUGCCGCCAGUGACCCGGCUCGACGCUCGCCGGGCGGCACUCUCCGCGGCCACCUUCCGCGACCUCCCGCUGCAGCCCGGGUGGGUCCACUUCGCCACGGCCAACUCCACGUGUCUCGAGGUGUGGCCCAAGCCGAACGCAGACGGCUACGACGGCCCGCCGCGCGCGUGGUGCUCGCUGGCCGCCGCCGCGCCGGGGCUCACACUCGAGUUCCGCUGGCGUUUCGCGCUCAAAGGGUUCCUCUCGACUCUGGCGGAGCUGAGCAGCGCCUGCGCGGCGGCCGGCGACUGCGUGGACGUGCUGCUGCUGACGCAGGGGCUACACUACCUGGUGUCGGGCAGCUUCAGCUCCACCUCGGCCGUGUACGCCGAGACGCUGCGGCGCGCCGCGGCCCUGCUGAAGCCGAUGACUGCGCGCGGCACACGGGUCGUCUGGAUGCUGGAGCAGCCGUCCAACACACGAAACAAGCACGACGCGGAGGGGAUGAACGACGAUAUGACUGUAUUGGCACCGCUGGCGCGCGAGUCGCUCCUCGAACUGGACGGCAGGGGUGUCUGGGUGUGGUCCUCACACCUGAAGAUCGUCACGGACUUUUUGAUGCGGUCGUGCCGGGCGAAAAUGUACGAGACGGCCGCUGACGAGAAGGUGUGCGACGACGAGAUCUACCAUGUAAACAACGCGAGCCUCGACCGUAUGUCGGACGAGGUAAUGGAUUUCAUGUGCGGGUGCUGAGUGUGAACCGAAUCGGCGGAGCCUUAUCCGUAGUCCUGGUGAAUAGUGACGCAGUGAAGAUACACCUGCUCUAUGUUCAUUGAUACAGUGUGACAUGCUCACACACACACACACACACAAACGUUUAUUAAGGAACAAUGCUAUUGUAUCUAGCGGGUAUUUCGAAACUCAGGGUAUUUUAAGCCUGUUAGGCGUUGAUACACCAUAGAGAAUAGAGAUGGGGAUUUCCUACAGGCUGCCGAAAUCCGACCUCAAUAGCUCAGUAACUGCAUAGUGCCGCCGAAUCGCCGACCCGACCAAUAGCGAGUGUCCAGGUCGAAUUUGCUUGUGUGUCUGUGGGAUGAAUAGGAAGCAUAGACCAUGGGAAGCUCAAGAGCUCUCGAGAUAUUCACCAAAAAGUUCAGCGGUUGCAUCCCCCGUGCUGGCAAGGUUUGCUUGUUUGUGGCCCACGCAGAAGAGUAGACGCACCUUAUACGCUAUGUCAAGAGAGACGGGAGCAUCGCACAGGCGCAGAGCUCUGUUGCAUCCGUAUUUAUGUA